UGGAGCUGGGAGAUGGCGGCGGCGGCGCAGCGCUGAGCGUGUGAGCAGCGAGCCCGGGAGCUGCCGGCCCGGCCCCCCCUCCCUGUCCUUCCCUCCCCUUCCCCUCCCCUCCGCGCCCCGUUCCACCGCCCCGACCCCGUCGUCCGAGCCCCGCCAUGGGCAAUGAAGCUAGCUUGGAGGGGGGAGCCGGGGACGGACUGCCGGUGGCGGGCGGCCCCAGCCCCGGCCCCGGCCCCGGCCCCGCGGCUGGGAAGGCGCCUUCAGCACCAGGAAGCGGACAGCUCCCUUCAGCCGGAGCUGCGCGAGCGGCUACAGCCCCGCAGCCAGCGGGCCCUGGCCCCGGCCCCGGCCCCGGCCCCGGCCCCGGCCCCGGCCCCACUGCUGACACGGCCAGCAUGUCGAGAAGACUAGAUCCUAAGGAUCACCUGGAUGGCCAGAGGGCAACUUCCCCCACCCCAAAGCAGGCCAGUGCUCACAGCCAUGAAGGCCGCCGUCGGGAGAUGAGGACUCACGGACAGGCUGGCCCACAGGUGGAUGGCCCUCAUCGGACACUCCAGGUGGACAGCAGGAUGCAGAGAACAGGCCGGUCUCCUUCGGUGUCGCCGGACCGAGGCAGCACCCCAACAUCACCUUAUUCAGUACCCCAAAUUGCACCCCUCCCGAGCAGCACCCUCUGUCCUAUAUGCAAGACAACUGAUCUUACCUCUUCUCCCAGCCAGCCAAACUUCAACACCUGUACACAGUGUCACAACAAGGUCUGCAACCAGUGUGGAUUCAACCCCAACCCUCAUCUCACACAGGUGAAAGAAUGGUUGUGUCUGAAUUGCCAGAUGCAGAGAGCUUUGGGGAUGGACAUGACCACCGCGCCUCGUUCCAAAAGCCAGCAGCAGCUGUACUCACCUUCCCUUUCUCCUGCCCACUCCCCAGCCAAACAGCCCCAGCCCCAGCCCCAGCCCCAGCCUCAGCCCCAGCCCCAGCCCCAGCCCCAGCCCCAGCCCCCAGCACAGGUACAGAGGAAGCCUGAGCCAGAAAAAAUCCCUGGAACAACCCAGCCUGGGCUCCAGCAAGGGCCUGGUGUCCGGCAGGCUGAAGUGCCCAGAAGUCCUGUGGCAUCAGGGCAGCGGGAAGCCCAGAGCCAAGGCCAGACCAGACCUGCUGUGCCUCAGGAUUCAGGAAGGGUUUCCCCUCAUACCCAUCCCUCUCCAGCCAAGGGAGUAACUCCAUCCCCUGGGUCUGGGGCUCAAGAGCAAGCCCAAGAGGGACUCACUGGGAAGCUUUUUGGCUUUGGGGCUUCUUUGCUGACCCAGGCCAGCACACUUAUGUCUGUCCAGCCAGAGGCCAGUCCACAAGGCCAACCAUCCCCUAGCAAAGGGGCCCCCAAGAUUGUCUUCAGUGAUGCCAGUAAGGAAGCAGGGCCCAAGCCAUCAGGAACAGGACCUGCACCUGGAACUGGGGCUGGACGGGGACCUGGGCCAGCACCUGGAGCUGGCGCUGGUCCUGGCCCCGGGGUUGGGCCAGGAUCUGGAGUUGGACCUAGUGCUGGCCCUAGAGCUGGUCCAGGAGCUGGCACUGGGCCUCGCCCCGGGGCUGGGACUGGACCUAAAGCUGGGCCUGGUCCCGGCCCUGCUUCUGGGCCAAAAUCCGAGCCUGGGUCAGGACCUGGGGCUCUUGGUCGACCAGCAGGGGCAGCCAGUCCAAAGCAAAGUAAGGCGGAACAUCAGACUACUCCUAAGGCUGUCCCCAAGCCAAAGGAAGUGCCGAAGGAAAAGGUCACCUGCCCGCUUUGCCAGGCCGAACUCAACGUGGGCUCCCGGGAGCCUUCCAAUUACAACACAUGUACUACCUGCAAGCUGCGGGUGUGCAACCUGUGUGGCUUCAACCCAACUCCUCAUUUGGUGGAGAAAAAUGAGUGGCUCUGUCUGAACUGCCAAACACAGAGGCUGCUGGAAGGAAGCCUAGGUGACCCGGCCCCCGUGCCCCUGCCCACCCCAAAGCAGACACCAACCAGCUCGCCACGACACCAAGCCAGUCCCUCCCCGCAGAAGCAGAAAGGGCCCCCCGCCCCAGGGCCAGGGCAGCCCACAGGACCCCCCCACACCUCUCCCAGCCUCCAGACCAAGCACCUCAGGACAUCCGAACCCAGCAAGCCCCCAAGCGGUCCCCAGGAGAAGAAACCCAGCGGCCCAGCCGAAGCCAAACAAGUGCCGAAGCCAUCCCCUCUGCCAAGCACGCUCACGGAGUCUCCGAAGAUGAAGGAUGGGCCCAAAAGGGCUGAACCAGCCCCGGCUGACAGCAAGGUUGCCUCCGUCAUGGAGGCACCGAGAGGGAGUGAGCAUGAGGACCCAAGCAAGCCUUAUUCCCAGGACCUGUCCCGGAGCCCCCAGAGCCUCAGCGACACCGGUUACUCGUCCGAUGGGAUCUCCAGCUCCCAGAGCGAGAUCACGGGGCUCGUGCAGCAGGAGGAGGAGCAGCUGAACACGGCCGGCGUGGUGAAGCCCAGCCCGCCGAGCCCCUCGGAACUCAACAAGCUCGAGAGCAGCAUGCGCCCCCUCCUGGAGGCCCCGGGCGGCGCCCCCGGGGAGCAGGCCAAGGCGCGCCCGCAGCAGCGGGAGGAGUCCAAGCAGCGGCAGAGACCUCGCUCCCUCUCCAUCACCCCCGAGGCCUUUGACUCCGACGAGGAGCUGGAGGACAUCCUGGAAGAGGACGAGGAUUCUCUCGAGUGGGAGAACCAGAGGGACGCCAGGGACACGGCCGAGUCGUCCGACGACUUCGGCAGCAAGCUGCGCCACGACUACGUGGAGGACAGCAGCGAGGGCGGGCUCUCCCCGCUGCCGACGCGCCCGGCCGGCAGAGACGCCGAGGGGGACGAGGACUUCAUGCGGAGGCAGAUUUUGGAGAUGAGCGCCGAGGAGGACAACCUGGAGGAGGAGGACGCCGACUACGAGCGGGCCAAGUACGGCCUGAGGAAGGCCGGCGCCAAGGCGGGCCCGGAGCAGGGCCAGGAGCCCGCCGCCCCCAAGAGGCGGCUGCCUCACAACGCCACCACCGGCUACGAGGAGGAGCUGAAGGAGGCGGCCGCCCCCGAACCCGAAGACGUGGCGGCCCUCCAGGGCGGGCUGCGCCGCUUCAAGACCAUCGAGCUCAACAGCACCAACAACUACAGCCGCGAGAUGGAGAUCAGCCAGGAGACGGACAUCAGCUUGGACAGGGAGCCCGAGCUGGAGAUGGAGAGCUUGACGGGGUCUCCGGAGGACCGCUCCCGCGGAGAGUACUCCUCCACGCUGCCCGCCACCACGCCCAGCUACACCUCGGGCACCUCCCCCACGUCCCUGUCCUCCCUCGAAGAAGACAGCGACAGCAGCCCCAGCCGCCGGCAAAGGCUGGAAGAGGUCAAGCAGCAGAGGAAAGCCCGCCACCGCUCCCACGGCCCCCUGCUCCCCACCAUCGAGGACUCCUCCGAGGAAGAGGAGCUCCGAGAGGAAGAGGAGCUGCUGCGGGAGCAGGAGAAGAUGCGGGAGGUGGAGCAGCAGCGCAUCCGGAGCACGGCGCGCAAGACCAAGAGGGACAAAGAGGAGCUCAGGGCCCAGCGGAGGCGCGAGCGCUCCAAGACUCCCCCCAGCAACCUGUCCCCCAUCGAGGACGCCUCGCCCACCGAGGAGCUGCGUCAGGCGGCCGAGAUGGAGGAGCUGCACCGCUCCUCCUGCUCCGAGUACUCUCCGUCCCCCUCCCUCGACUCCGAGGCCGAGGGCUUCGAGAUGGGCCCCUCCAAGCUCUACAAGUCUGGCAGCGAAUACAACCUGCCCACCUUCAUGUCCCUCUACUCCCCCACCGAGAAGACGGCCAGCGGCGCCAGCUACCCUUCGAGCAAGCCCUUGAAAAGCGCGGAGGAGGCCUACGAGGAGAUGAUGAGGAAGGCCGAGCUGCUCCAGAAGCAGCAGGGGCAGCAGGCGCCGCCCAGCGGCCGAGGGCAGGGCAGCUUUGAGUACCAGUACAUUGAGGACUACGACUACGUGUCGGGGCAGUCCCAGCCCCCCUAUGAGCCCGAGGCUGCCGACGCGGGAGCCGUGUAUGAGGAGAUCCUCCAGACGUCCCAGAGCAUAGCCAGGAUGCACCAGGCCUCUUCCCGAGACCUGGCUUACCAGGAGGAGAAGAAGGAGCGAGAGGACACUUACCAGGAGAAGCAGUUUCUGAAUGCAGAGAGUGCUUACAGUGAGCUGAUGAGGCAGAACGGCGGCCCCCUCACUCCCGGCACCAGCCCCACCCAGCUUGCGGCCCCCCUGUCCUUCUCCUCGGACAGCGCGGGGAGCCGGGUUAUUCCCGACGUGCGAGUCACCCAGCAUUUUGCAAAAGAGCCUCAGGAUGCCCUCAAGCUUCUCAGCUCUCCUGCUUCUCCCAGCUCUGCUCUCAAGGGAGUGACAGCUCCUCUCACUUACAGCAAAGGGACCCCUCCGGUCACAACCGUGGCUUCUACUACGGCAGGCAGACCCCGUGUUUACACAGCCGCUACGUCCCCCGCUGGCCCGGAGCCUUCACUCCCCACCACGGCAAGCUAUGGCUCGCAGACUGAUGAGAUGCUCCAGGCUCAGGUCCUUCCCGACACCUGUGGGCUACCUUCUAGAGACAGGCUUCAGAGCGUGAGUGAUGGCAAGCCCAGUGCUCCUUUGUCAUCGAAAAGCUAUCCCGGCUUCAAGAGCGCAAGCCCACCCCUUUCCCCAACCUCUUCGAUGGAGGGUCUUCCCUCUGUGAUUGGCAGAAUGGGGCCCAAGUCUACGGCAGAGUUCUCCACCCAGACCCACGGCCCACUCCUCCCCUCUGACGUCCCCAGGAGCCCCGUCGGCCCCGCCCCGUCCUCCAUGGUUGCUCAGGGUACGCAGACGCCACACCGCUCCAGCUCCCCUCGCCUCACCAGGCAGCAGUCUUCUCAAGAAUCUGCUUUCAUGGUCAUCACCUUAGCCUCAGACGCAGCGAGCCAAACUAAGCUGGUCAACGCCAGUUCUUCCACCUCACCAGCUUCAUCUCCAACCAGGCACCAACCUACCAUUCACAGCUACAGCCAGUCAGUACAGGUGAACGGAGCACAGCUCCUACAGGAACAGUCCCUGCACAGCUUCCCCAAGGGGGAAAGAACCCCCACUUCGAGUGCCAUUGUUCCCAUGAACGCUGCCAAGGGGCAGGUGACCCCAGCCAUGGACGGCCCAGCUGCUCUGUACGGCUGGGGCUCCCUGCCUGCUGAGAACAUCUCCCUGUGCAGGAUCUCCUCAGUCCCUGGCACCUCCCGGGUGGAACCGGGGCCCAAACCACCCACCAGUUCUGCGGUUGACUUGAGGACAGCUAUGAAGUCCGCCCCAAUCAUCAUUACUGACCGAGGCAUGGACCUGACUUCCCUGGCGGCUGAGGCCAGGAAAUACUGUCUGACCUUAGACCAGUCUCAGGGCCGGCAGUCCACCACCGUGCAGCCCCUCAUCAUCAACCUCAAUGCCCAGGAGCACACCCACACCUUCAUCGGCACCUCCACCACUGUCAGCAUCACCGUGGCUUCCUCAAUGCUCGUGUCUCAGCCAAAGCAACCCGUGGUCUAUGGAGACCCUUUCCAGAACCGGCUGGACUUUGGACAGGGGACAGGAAGCCCUGUGUGUCUGACCCAGGUCAAACACGUGGAGCAGGCCGUGCAGACAGGUCCUUACCAAGGUGGGCCCCGAGCAAAGCCAAAAGAAGCUGGCAGUCCCCAGCAAACCAAGUUUGCCCGAUAUAACCUGCCCAACCAGAUGGCACCUUUAGUUAAAAAAGACAUUCUCGUCACUCAAAUGAGCCCAGCGCAGAACGUCAGCAUCAAGCCAUACCCUGCAGAGCCGAGUUCUGAUGCAUACCGGGGCGUGCCCGCAGAACUCAAAGCACACACUGUGCCCCCGCAGCUUGGGGGGAAGAAACCUCACAUGAUGAUGGUGCAGAUGGAUGAUAUGGCCACUGGGGCAGUGACCAAGCUGGUCAAAGAAGAGCCCGCCAGUGCUUUGGACCUCACUGGGAUCAAACCUGAGAGUCAAGUAGCUUGCUGUGAUGUGGUCUACAAAUUCCCCUUCAGCAGCAGCUGCACCGGGACUUUCCAUCCGUCCUCGAAGAUGCCCGAGAAAAAUGUAGCGGACACAGCCCAGCCCAGCCAGAGCAGCCUUCCGUUUUAUGGGCCCCGCGAGCAGGACCUCCCUGAGCCAUCCCAAUACAGGGAGCAGGCCGUGGGUCCGAGGCUCUAUGAGGAGCAGAAAUUGUAUUCCCAUGGCCUCAUGGGAAGGCUUUACUCCUCCAUGUCUGACACCAACCUGGCUGAAGCCGGCCUGAAUUAUUACCCACACAAAAGCGACCAAUUCUUCCAGCCCGCGGGGGGAGACUCAGCGAUGGACCUGACGACCAUGAAGCACUCCUACAGCAUCGGCUUCGACGGCCGCUACCUGGCCCAGGGAAUGCAAUACGGCUCCUUCACAGACCUGAGACAGCCCCCAGACCUGAUGGGCCACCCACUCCCCAUGAGGAGGUAUAGCUCCGCCUCCAACAUCUACUCGGAUUACCGGUACUCGCCUCGGGCAGACCUGGCGGGCUUCCAAGAGUCCAGCCUGGCUCAGUACAGCGCCACCACGGCUCGCGAGAUCAGCCGCAUGUGUGCAGCUCUCAACUCCAUGGAUCAGUACGGGGGCCGGCACAGCAGCAGUCCGGAGCUCCUGCAGUACGGCCCCAGGCCUGGGCCCGGAGCCGGAGCCCAGCAGGGCCUGGCAGCCAUCAAACCCAACAUGAUGGUGAAUCCAAAUUUCCCCGAAGGCCGGCAGAGCUUUGGGAAGCUAGCCCAAUACAGUCCUGCAGCGGGGCAGGGAGCAGCGGCCAUCAGGCAGCUCUUCCCUUCAACAGCCACGGUUCGCGCCGCCGAUGGGAUGAUUUAUUCUACCAUCAACACACCAAUUGCGUCAACUCUUCCUAUCACCACCCAGCCGGCCUCAGUGCUUCGGCCUAUGGUUCGAGGCAUCUAUAGACCGUAUGGCCCGGGGACCAUUACCCCUGUGCCUCUUGCCAGCCUGACCCGAGUCCCGGUGGUGGCCCCCCGGGUUCCUCUCAUGCCCCAGGGGCUGUAUCGAUAUCCACCGCCAAGCAGAUUUCCCGCCAUCACAACGGCCCCCGGGAUCGACAGUCCCUUGUACCUGGGCAAGGCAGGCCCGGCCACUACUGUGGCUGGGAGCAGCUUGACCCCUGGACCUGUUGGGAAGCCAGUGGCGGGGGCAGCCCCAGCGGCGGGAGGUCUGCAGAGAACUGAGCAGCCGCUGGGCAGCGCUCGGGAAGAGCCCGCAGCAGCAGCUGCAGCAGCAGCCCCCGGGGGAUCCAAAGAGUCCGGCCCGGCGCCUGCCCACCUGCCAGGCCAGAAGCAGCCGGGAGAAGCGCCCCCGGUGGCGGUCCUGGCCAAAGCCGGAGGCGCUGAGAAGGAAGAGAAAGAAGAGGAGAGGCAGAGGAAGCAGCAAGAGCACCUGCUGCAGAUGGAACGGGAGCGCGUGGAGCUGGAGAAGCUGCGCCAGCUGCGGCUCCACGAGGAGCUGGAGCGGGAGCGCGUGGAGCUGCAGCGGCACCGGGAGAAGGAGCAGAUGCUGGUGCAAAGGGAAAUCCAGGAGCUGCAGACCAUCAAGCACCAAGUCUUGCAGCAGCAACAGGAGGAGCGCCAGGCCCAGUUCGCCUUGCAGAGGGAGCAGCUGGCCCAGCAGCGCCUGCAGCUGGAGCAGAUCCAGCAGCUGCAGCAGCAGCUGCAGCAGCAGCUGGAGGAGCAGAAGAGGCAGAAGGCUCCCUUCCCUCCUGUGUGCGACCCCUCCGGGAGGCUGCCUCCCCAAGCCGUCACGGAGAUCGCCCUGGAAAUGCAGCGCACCAUGGCCCCGAAUGGCCAGUACUGGCCUCCCAUAAAUCAGGCUUUCAUGGCCACCGCCGCCGUGGGAAUGGAGGGGACUGGGCAGCCGCGAGAGCCGGGGCCCCCGAGGCCCCUCCCCAGCUCGGCCUCGGACAUGUCUCUGCAGACGGAGGAACACUGGGAGGCUGGCAGGGGCCUCAAGAAGCGGCACUCGAUGCCCCGGCUCCGGGAUGCCUACGAGAUGGAGGAGGCCCAUGAGCCUUACGUGGUCAAGAAGAUCACGGACAGCAGCGUGCAGACUGACGAGGAGGACGGGGAGGAGCGGUACUUUAUGUCCCGGAGGCGCCGGACUCGGCGGAGCACGGACUGCAGCGUGCAGACUGACGACGAGGACAAUGCCGACUGGGAGCAGCCUGUCCGCCGGCGCCGCACCCGCUUCUCGCGCCACGCAGACUCUGUUUCCGACAGCAAGCACGACUCCUCCUCGCCCAGGAGCAAGUCUAGUGUGGGCAUCCAGACCAUCAGUGACUGCUCGGUGCAGACAGAGCCGGAUCAGCUGCUGAGGGUCUCGCCCUCCAUUCACAUCACCACCCCGGACCCCAAAGUGGAGAUUAUCAAAUAUAUCUCAGCCCCAGAAAAGACUCAGAAGGGAGAGAGCCUGGCCUGCCAGACGGAGCCAGAGGCCCAGGCCCAGGGGAUUGUGAUGCCCCAACUCCCAGGACCAGCAGCCAUCACCCCCUACACCCCCAGCAUUCAGAUUGUCACGACUGGACCCCUGGAGCCCCGGCAGCAGGGCCUUGGGAAAUUUGAGAAGAAGAAGCCAGAUCCUUUAGAGAUUGGUUACCAGACUCAUCUGCCUACUGAGUCCCUUUCCCAGCUAGUGACCCGUCAGCCGCCCAAGUCUCCUCAGGUUCUCUACUCACCUGUCUCUCCCUUGUCCCCACACCGGCUCCUGGAAUCUUCCUUUGCUUCCAGCGAGAGAUUGAACAAGGCCCAUGUAACGCCACAGAAGCAUUUCACUGCCGACAGCGCCCAGCGCCAACAGACUGUGCCUCGCCCCAUGAAAACCAUGCAGAGGUCCCUGUCGGACCCCAAGCCCAUCAGCCCCACUGCCGAAGAGUCAGCCAAAGAGAGGUUCUCCCUCUAUCAGCAACAGGUCCUCCAGGGCAGUCAGAUGUCAGCAUUUCAGGCCAACACCCUCAUUCGAAAGGUGAAGCGGACGCUGCCCAGCCCCCCUCCAGAGGAGGCUCACAUGCCCCUCCCAAGCCAGGCGCAUUCCCAGAUGUACAUGGCUAGCCUCCUGCAGAAGGGCCUGGCGGGGCCCCCCGUCCAGGUGACCAAAGCCAGCCUGCUCAAGGAGCUGGACCGCGACCUCAAGCUGGUGGAGCACGAGUCCACCAAGCUGAGGAAGAAGCAGGCCGAGCUGGAUGAGGAGGAGAAGGAGAUCGACGCUAAGCUGAAGUACCUGGAGUUGGGGAUCACUCAGAGGAAGGGGUCCCUGAUGAAGGAACGCGUUGGCCGGGACUACCCCUAUCUCCGGUGCCUUGGGGAAAACCGCGACUACAUGUCGGAUAGCGAACUCAACAACUUGCGACUCACGGGCUACGAGAGCGGGGCCGUCCACGUGAGACCCAGCACAGCUCUGACCAAUCAGUAUCCUGACUUUUCAGCUGCUCAGUACACCUCGGCCUCCUCCUACCCUCCUUAUCAGUACCCGCCGGGACAGGGUCCUCCCCCCGCCCCCCCAGCCUUCCAGCACAGUCGCUUCCAGCCUCCCCAGUACCCCGUGGGUAGCGCCGGCCCUCCUCCCAAUGCCUUCCAGCCCACCCAGGUACCUGCCUACCCAGCUCAGAGCACAUACCCAGCACCUGCUUUCCCUCCAAGUACAGGCUACCCUCCUGAACAUGGUCUCCAGGGCCAGCAGAACUUCCGUCCCGCUCCCCACUACCAGCCCCAGACCACUUACCCAGGCCAAAUUCCCCACCCUGCCCCUCAAAACGCCCUCUUCCCGGAGCCAGCCGAUAGUCACGCCGCCCAUCAGAAGCCAAGGCAGACCUCACUCGCUGACUUGGAACAGAAGGUCCCUACAAACUAUGAAGUGAUUGCCGCCCCCCCAACGGCAAUGUCUUCGGCCCCUUCGGAGCCCACGUACAGUGCGCCGGCGGUGACCAGCAGCUACGACCAGUACAAGGCUCCGGAGCCCCCCCGACCCGGGGACCGAAGCGGCGUGAGCCAGAGCCCCGGGCCCCCUUACUCUUCCGAAUCUCUGUACACCAACCUGGAGCAGAACAUUCCUCGGAACUACGUGAUGAUCGACGACAUCAGUGAGCUGACCAAAGACAGCGCGCCCUCGGCCGGGGAGGGCCAGAAGCCGGAGCCGCGGCCCCCAAGCAUGAACGGGCGCCACCUGAAGGACAAGAGCGACCUGGGAGAGCCCGAGGGCCCCGGGGGUCCCUGCUGCUACUCCAAAGGGGAGGAAGAGUCUGAGGAGGAUGUAUAUGAUCACCAUGGCUCUGACCACCGAGGGAAGAGCAGCUAUCACCGGAGCUCAGAGAGCGAGGGGAGGAUUUCGGGCAGCGCCGGGGGCUCCUCCUACUACUACGGGGACAGCGACUAUCGGCACUCCUCUCGGCCCGAGAAGCACGGCUCCGGCCUGGCAGGGCCCAAGCACUCCUCCAAGAGCCUGGCCCCGGCCGUCAUCUCGUCCAAGCGCAGCAAGCACCGCAAGCAGGGCAUGGAGCAGAAGAUCUCUAAGUUCUCCCCGAUAGAAGAGGCCAAAGAUGUGGAGUCCGACCUGGCCUCCUACCCCUCUGCGCCCUCCGUCAGCAGCAGCAUGUCCUCCCGAGGGAAGAAGUUUCAAGACGAGAUCACCUACGGCCUUAAGAAGAACGUGUAUGAGCAGCAGAAAUACUACGGGGUGUCCAGCAGGGACCCGAUGGAGGACGAGGACCGAGCCUACGGCGGCAGGUCCAGGGCCGGCUACGGCAGCGACAAGGCCAGCCACGACAUGAGCGCCCGGGCCAAGGCCUACGAGCGCGAGCGGGACGGCAUGGAGAGGCUCCCGAAGGGCAGCUCCAAGCCGUCGUCCCUGAGCAUGUCCCAGAGCCGGGGGCGGCCCCCCAUGCGCAGCCAGGCCUCUGAGGAGGAGAGCCCCAUCAGUCCUCUGGGAAGGUCUGUGGGAGGGGGCCGCUCCUCGGGGGGGCCGCUCCCUCCCGGCGCCGGCGACGGCUGCUCCCCGUUCUGCUCCAGUCACUCCCUGCCCGACGUCCAGGAACACAUCAAGGACGUGCCACGGACACACUCGUACAAGCACGAGGAGGGCUACAACCUGGACGAUUCCCACUGUGUGGUUUCCGACAGUGAAGCUUAUCACUUGGGUCAGGAGGAGACGGACUGGUUUGAUAAGCCCCGAGAAUCCCGUUCAGAGAGGCUCCGACAUCAUGGGGGCCACUCUUCCUCUUCCCAGAAAAGACCCCCUGUCAAACACACUUACCAUGACUACGACGAGCCCCCCGAGGAGGACCUGUGGCCGCACGACGAAGGACCGCAGGGCCGCCAUUCUUCCAAAGAGCAUCGGCACCACGGGGACUAUGGCCGGCACUCGGCGGGGCCUUCCUCCUCACGCCACCAGGGCGAGGAGCCUUCUCGGAGGAGCUCAAAGCCACACCCCCGAGACUCGGGCCGCCACGAGGGCAGACCACACUCCCAGCCGUCUUCCCAGAAGAAGGCACAGCAGGCCGACCCCAGGGGGCAGCCGUCCUACCCCAGCUCUCAGUCGGAAUACUCGCAGCCAUCCCGCCAGUCAGCGGCCUACCACCAUCCCUCGGAGCCCAAAAAGGCUCAGCGGCCCAUGCAGUCCGGCCCCUCGGCCCAGCCAUCCAAGGCCGAGCCUCUGGCCCACCCGCAGCCGCAGCAGACCAGGCAGCCUCAGGCAGGGCCUUCCCAGCAGCAGCUGCCUCCGCAGUCCUCCCGGCAGCAGCAGUCCCGCCAGGCCCCGCCACAGCAGCAGCCGACGGGCCACGGGCCGCAACCGGCUCCAUCUCAGAUGCAGCAGAUGCCGUCCCAAGCCCGGCAUCAGCAGCAGCAGGGGAUCCUGGGACAGCCUUCCUCCCGGGGCCAACAGCCCCAGGCCGCUCAGCAGGCCGGCAAGCCAGGGCCGGGCCAUCCCCCAUCGGCGGGUACCCAGCCUGCAGGCCCACUGAAAGCCGAGCAGCUGGACAGCUCCAAACCCCCAGCCAAAGUGCAGCAGCAGCAGCAGCAGCCGGGGAGAGCCCAGCCACAAGGGGCUACCACUGCAGGUGCAAAAGUGGGAGCAAAGCCUGGAGGAGUCCCACCAGCAUCAGGAGCUCCCACGGGUCAGCCUGGGGCUGAUGGAGAAAGUGUGUUCUCCAAAAUCCUCCCUGGAGGGGCAGCAGAACAAGCAGGCAAAUUGACGGAAGCUGUGUCUGCUUUUGGAAAGAAAUUUUCUUCAUUCUGGUGAUCCUGUGCUGUGGGAUAUUUUGGAAGAUGAAUGGAGAUAAAGUCAUUCCUGUGGAAAAACCUAUGAAGAAACUAAUGGAUUUCACCACAGCCUAGGACUCUGCGUAUAACACAUCUGAACUCAUGGCAAACCCUAGGCUCAGUGACAAAACAGGACACAGUGGAUACUUUUCCAGCUGGAGCCACCAGAGUGAGGCAUCUGCCCGGAAGCCCCCCCAAGCAGUGUCUCCCUCAGAACUGCUCUCCAAAGACAAUGUCUAUAGUGACUCCUCGUCCCCUCUGGUGAGCAGUGGCUACAACAAGCCGCAGUCAUUCUUGAGGAGACUUUUCUUGAGGAAAACUUGCCAAAGGUCCUGGUUGGGACUGUCCAGAAGCUUGGGGUUGCCACUUUGCCCUUGGAGAAGACUCUUGAACCUCCAAAGGCAGUGCCCCUGCCCAGCGUUCCCCCUUGCCAAGUGGAGCCUUGAGCAGGACCCAGGGGCCUUUCCUUCAGGGUUAUACACAGAGUUCCAGCUCAUGCCGACUGGGACUUCUUCACUCCGGGGCCUUCAAAGGUUUUUCCACAGCCUUGGAGAUGGGCUUUGAGUUGAGGGCUGGGAGCCGAGUGCUCCAUUUCCUUCACAUUCCAGUUGGCCCCACAGCUCCCUCUGCGGGCACCCUGUCAUUGGUGAUGGAACGUGUGCAGCGAGGGACCUGUGGGAUAUAGAGAACUUUAAAAAAAAAAAAAAACACUAGGACCUAACACUGUUUCAUUAUUGAAAUACGAGGCCAUAGGACUCUGCAAGGCAGCAUGUGCACUGGCUGGCUUUUCCCCAGACAGAUGGUGGCAGUCCAAGCGUGUCUGCCAGCCACCUUGAAGCCAUCACCAAGCCAUUGUGAGACAUCCAAGUGGCAAAGCUUUCAUAACAACCAUCUCCUUAUUUUGCCUAUGCCUGAAGAUUUCUUUUUAUUUCAAAAGCAGCCUUAACCAUUCCAAUUUUAUUUACUUGUAUACCUCAUAAGCAUUUUUCUUUCAUUUUUCUUUCCUCCUCUUCCCUAUCUCCCCAACACACUUUUCUUUUUUUAACUCCUUCCUCCUUUUCUCUGUACCUGGUAAUCACGGGGUGUCCUCUGUAGAAGCAAUAGAGUGCAGUAGGCUACAAGAGCCCCACGAGGAGGUGGGAUGACAUCAGGAGAGGUCGCCUCUGCCAUUCUCCUUCCUCUUACUGUGCAAUUCAAGUCCUUCUUAAGCCAUUACCGGUGGGCGUGCUCAGAAAUUUAAAAACAAAAAAAACAAAAACAAAACAAAACAAAAAAAAAAGGAAGCCCAUGUGGUUUGAGUUGCCAUUGUGAAGUUCCUAGAACCUCUGAGAUGGGAAGCGAGAGGGAGCCACAGUCAGCAACCAGUGAGCCCAGGGUGGGGGUGUCCUGGUUGUCACCAGCCGCUCUCGCCUCAACAGUGUUCCAGACAACCUACCCGAUGGUCCCAUACAUUGGAGCUUCCCUUCAACCUGAGCAACAGCAACAAGUCUCAUUUCUAACGUUCUAUGCAAUGAAAUACAAAAAACAAAAAAAAAAACAAAAAAAAAUUUAAAAAAACAGAACACACUACACCUGUUAAUAUUUAACAAACUAAAUGUUAUGUAUAAGAAUUUAAUUGCAAAUGUGCUAUGGAGAAACUGGAUGGAUAUGUUUCUAGCUAACACCUGUGUGUGUGAAGUUUUCAAUUUGUGGCAUGUUCGACCCACAUGAAGGACGCGUCGUUGCCAAAGGGUGACCAUGCUGCUGUUACUGUCUCCUGUCCUAGAGUAGAGCAUGGCUUGCUACCUCUUUGCACGAAUUCAUCUACUUUAAAUGCUUGCCGUACUUUGCUCGGGGUUCUUUUUGCCUCAGUCCCUCGCCUAUACUCAGAUGCUUCUUGUCGGCAUAUGCACUUGUUACAGAAGGACUGUCCGUGCUAACGGGAGAGGUGCCUCUAGUCUGGAGAGAGGAGAGAGAGAGGUCCUGUGCCCUCCCCCCUCAGGCUGACCUGUGCCCCUUCCCACAGACCCCACGUCCUGGCGUGGACAGGGGACUCCCUCCCCCCAAUUUCCUUCCAGAUCAGAGGAGUUAGAAUGGGAAAAGGCCUUUGAGAAAAAUCUGACCCAACCCUUCCCUUCCCCUUUUAAAGUAAGAUGUGUCGGCUGAGGGCCAGAGAGAGUAGGCAAUAACCUGACCAAAGUCACCCAGGAAGUAAAUAGUAACGGUGGGCUAUGAGUCCUCAGAUUCCAUAGUCACUACCCUUCUCACUUGACCAGUCUUCCUAAAGACCCCUGCUAUCACCCCUCCACACACGGACCAUAUCCCCAGUGUCUGUAGCAGAGCCUUGAAAUGGAGGAGACUUUUAAAAAAAUUUCAGAAGCGAGUUUGAGCAGUCUCAGAUGUCUGCUAUAGAAUUUCUGUCUUUAAAUUAGAUUACCUUACUUCUCUUGGCCUGAAGGAUUGUGUCCAGGGCUUAGAAAACUGGUCUGUUCAGGGUCAACUGGAGCCCUCAGCCUCUGUGAAACUCAAAGCCCAACACAGCUAUGUUGGCCCGGGGCUUUGGGGAGGCCUGGAAGCCCAUUUUUCAAGAGAUGGAUUGGAUACCCAUAGGCUCUGGAUUAAAAGUUAAAAGGUUGUUUUAUUGCUUGUUUGUUAUACUUUGGUUUUACCUGUGCUGCUCAGUCCUCUGAGUAAAGCGUGCCAUUCCUGAAAGGGAACGGAGCAGCUAAGACGCUCAAGUGAGUACAAAAUCAAAGAUUGAUGUUUUUUACCUAGAGGAAGGGCUAGGACUCAGGAAUCAGAGCACCAGCCCUGAAGUCAGGAGUACCUGAGUUCAAAUCUUGCCUCAGACACUUAACACUUCCUAGCUGUGUGACUCUGGGCAAGUCAUUUAACCCCAAUUUCCUCAGGGGAAAAAAAAAAGAAUUGGAGGCUUCCUUUCUUAGUUUUGAUCAAAGAGAGAUUUUCUAGGAACUUUAAAGAUUAAAAAAAAAAAAAAAAACUUUCAAAGACUGUAGAAAGAAAAAGGGCCCAGAAUGGGGGGCAGGGAUGAAUAAUCCUAGACAUUUCUGAAGACCAGUGUAGGAGUUGCCGACCUUUGGGAAUGAAACAAAGACUGAUUGGCAAGGGACAUGCAAACUACCUGUCUGGGACACGUGAGAGUUUCUGGACUGGUGAGGUGCCAAGCUUUUUCCUUCCCUACACCACCAUAUCUAAGGUAUCACUGACUUCCACCAUGCCUUGGGAAGUUCCCAGUGGGCCUGGGCACAUCAAAGGCAUUGAGCCCAUAGCCUAGCCUUUUUCCAGAGCUGUUUGGGUUCAGGUACCAUGUAUUUCUUAAGGAUUCCCAUUUUUCUCGACAGGUCUAGGAGUCAGGAGGGGAGACCUCUCUGUGUCAUUUUUCUGUCAGAGACUCCAUCCCCCUUGCCUGGAGCCUCAUUUUGUUCUAGUUUUCUCCAAGAAGAGGUCCCUCUGUGUCCAGAAAAGUCUUGGUGGGUUAUCCCAAGAACUUCCAGAGUUUAACUCAUCUCACAGGGCUAGGCUUCUUAGCUGCCAUUUAAGUGGAAGGGACCUUCCUAAGCCCCAAGUUAGCAGGGACAAAAGCCUGAGAAAAGACUACUUCUUAAUGGGAGUGAAUGAAACAUUAUGAGGUGAGGGAAGGCAAUGGGGAAAGGGCCCUGCUUUCGCCAUAUCUUCAUUCUCACCAGAGAUAGACAAGAUGGUCCUUGAUGGCCUUAGGAUAAUAUGCAAGUGACUCAUGUGGCAAGCACUUCCUGGUCUGUAUAUUGACCAGCCAGCGUUCUUGUUAGAUGGCCUGCCCUACUGUUGGAGACUGCUAUUUGCAAUGGCAACUGCCUUUUACUUGAUUCUCCUCAUUGAACUAUGGAAUGUGAUGGAAUGAAAUAAGCAUUUAUUAAGCGCUGACUAUGUGCGUGUUCACAAAUAUCCCAUUUGUAACAAUACCUCUCGCUGACACGGCCUCUUCGGAGGAGCUCAGCUCACCUUGUAUGUAUGAUCUUUUCUAAUUGUGUGUGUAAAGGAGGGGAGAGGAAGUGUCACUCCCUGCUUUCCUGAUGAGAAAGCCGAGGCAGAGGGGUUCAGGUACUUGACCGGACCACACUUCAAGGUACGAGCAGAGGGCUCCUUUCUGUGAUAAGUCCUUGCCCUCUGACUUAGCGUCCUCAUCCAGCCGGACCAUGUGUGAAGUUAGUCUCUCCCCCGAACUUUCUGAGAGCUUCCUGAGCUCCUCGAUGCCUCCAGAGACCUCUCUGGUCCCCAAUUAGAGCCCUUUCUGUGGCCAUGAUAAGGGACGUCCACUUUGGACUUUGGACACUUGGGAUGGAAGUGCUCAGCACAACUGUAGAUUGCUAAGUCCUUCGAAGACCCCAGGCCCACGGGAGAGCUCACCACAUGGAGCCAAGAGCACUAGAGAUGGCCCGUAGAGGGGGUAGGGAAAACAAGGGGGAGGGAGGGCUCUGGAUCUUUUCUGCUUAGUGGGGAGAGGUGCAGGGGGCUUCCACACAUACUUUAUUUGUCCUGGGGGCUCUGUCCACCAGCAGAAAGCUAGCACACUCUCCAUACUUUGCCUUUGACAGUCCUGGAGGUUACCUCCAUCAGGCAGCUUCCUCUUGGAAAGCACACAUGCUCACCACAGCCCUUUCAUCAAUAUCUUCUCCCUUUUGACCUCUCUCCAACUCCAGAGGCAAUCACAGCUUUAGAUCUGGAAGGGGCUUUAAUAAUCCUCUGAACCAACUCCGUGUUGCAAAUUGGUAAACUGAGGCUGAGAGAACUGACAUGUGACCUGAAAACAUGAAGUCAGUUGGUGGCAGACUUGGAACUAAGACCCAGGGUCCCUGACUUCCAAUCUAGUAAUAUAUAUAUAUUAUAUGCCUGUGUGCGUGUAUGUGUGUGUAUAUAGAUAUAUUCACUCUGCACUGCCUCAGAGAGGGAGACAAUGUGAGCUUCUCUGCUCAGUUGCUGCCCUUGAAGGGCAGGCUAUCUGAUUGCUUAAGAACAUUUAGAACCAAACUAAAGGUGAGGAUUUGAAGAUAUCCAGUUAGCUCUGGAGCCCCCAGCGUCUCCAAAGCAGUGACCUCCCCUUCAGGCAUCCCCAGAAUGGCCAGUAUUUCCCAGGGAGCCGCUGGCUUGACAAGUGCAUACAGUCCGACAUCCUCCCGAGCCCUGCCCCACCCCGGAGUCUCUCUUGGGGUCACCAAGACCUUCCCUCUCCAUUCCUGGCAUGUAAAUACAUUGUAUAGUGUGUAAACCUCGUGUGGCAAAGAACAAAACUCAAAAACUCGUGUUGGGGGCCCGCUUCCCAGCGCCAGCACACCUUUUGCUUUGAUGUACAAAAAGAGAAAGCCAAUACUUUAAUGGGUGUGUGUGUGUGUGUGUGUGUGUGUGUGUGUGUGUACAGGAGAGUGAGGAGAGUGUGUUUGAGGGAGAGAGACUGUCUCAUUUAGCCCUUGGGAUUGAAACCCAUACCUCUUCUGCCUUCCCUCCGACCUUCCCUUCUCUCUUCCCUCAGGUCUUCUCUCUCCUCUCCUUUCCCAAGGUAUAGGAGUCAUCUGUAGAGUUCUUAUGGUUUUCCUCAGCCCCUUUCACCCGAGGGCUUCCUCGCCUUUCUCGGGCUAUUCCAUUUUGGGGUGAGGGUUUUUGUUGUUGUUGAUGGGGCCGGGGUGGGGGUGGGAGGGGUUGUACAAAGUCAAACCAACAAGUUUACAGUUGUAAGUGCAAUGACCUAAGUCCUCUAUCUGAACAUUGUAAAUUGUGUGUCUGUCCUGCUGCGCCCUGUGAGAACUCGUAGUAUUUCAAUGUACCGCCUUCUGUAUUGUGACUCAGUAUGAGAUAUUGCCCCUACAAGGUAUUUCUGUGAUAACAGAAUAAAAGGACUUGAUAUAAAGCA